AUGGUUUUCCUUACGGCACUCUUAGUCCUGUGGACAUUCGCAGUCGCCAAAGCCGUUAAUACUAGCUCUUUUUUACCAAUUACCGAUAAGCCACGGGUGUUCAUUCUCUCCGAUAUCGCGAACGAGCCUGACGAUGCGGAGUCAUUGACUCGGUAUUUACUUUAUUCCAACCAAUUCCAGACGGAGGGCAUUGUCGCCGUCACAUCAACUUGGUUGCAAAAUGAGGUCCACCCCGAACAGAUGCUGUCCAUAAUUGAUGCCUACUCAAAUAUCACGGAGAAUUUGAACCGCCAUGCACCCCCAGGUUCACCAUAUCCGUCAGGGAAGCAUAUGCGCAGUCUUGUGCGAAAAGGCGCUGCGACAUAUGGAAUGACUGCGGUUGGAAAGGACAUCCCUCUCAGUGAUGGAGGAAGCCUGCUCUUGAAGCGUCUCCAAGAGGAAUCCGACCAGCCCUUAUGGGUCCUCGCCUGGGGCGGAACAAACGUACUUGCUCAAGUAUUAUACAAAAUCCACGAUACAUACUCGGCAACCGAGGCUGCCACCUUGAGAUCCCGCCUUCGUGUCUACACCGUCUCAGACCAGGAUGAUACGGGUGCAUGGAUCCGUCAGCAAUUCCCAGAGAUCUUCUACAUCUCCUCAACUCAUGGCUGGAAUCAGUACGGUCUUGCAGCAUGGAUAGGCAUCUCUGGAAAAGAUUACUACGGCGAGGACCACGGCGGCCCUGAUUUCUCUAAAGUCACCCCCAAUUGGCUGCGUGAGAACAUCCAAGUUGGACCUUAUGGUAAAGCUGCGUAUCCGGAUUACCAAUUUAUCAUGGAAGGAGAUACCCCAACCUUUCUCUAUCUCAUCCAAAAUGGACUAGGUGUCUCCGAGCAUCCAGACUAUGGAUCUUGGGGCGGCCGGUAUACGAAAGUCAAUCCGUCCACGGUCCUUAAUUUCAACCACUACAGCGAUGCUGCCGACCGAGUGGUCGGCAAAAACAACGAAACUUUCAUCUCCAACCGUGCAACAGUCUGGCGGUGGAGAAGUGCUUUCCAGAAUGAUUUCGCUGCUCGCAUGCAGUGGUCUCUCCCUGCAAAUAUCAGCAGGGCAAAUCACCACCCGGUAAUUUCGGUAAAUGGAAGUUUUGAUAUCGCUCCAAUGAAUGUUAUCGCCGCUGCCGGCUCCACCAUCACUUUCAAUGCUGCAGCUACAUCUGAUCCCGAUGGCGAUAGCUUGAGCUUUAAUUGGUUCCAGUACCGUGAGCCUGGAUCAACAAAUUGGAAUGUCGCGGGUCAGGUGCCUGAGUUGAACGUCACAUUGACUGAUGGUGGCCAGAAAGCACAGGUGCAGCUUCCUGCAGCUAGUGAGAGCUGUGAUGGGGAAGCUCUCACUUACUCAGGCUGCUGGCUACUACACUUGAUCUUGGAAGUGACCGAUGAUGGUUAUCACCCUUUGACGAGCUAUCGUCGGAUUUUGAUUCAAACUACGAACGCUACUGAGGUUUCGGUUUGA